CAAUAGUCUGAGGGACAGUGAACUGGCCCCCUGUUUAGAAAGUUUGAGGACCCCUGCCUGAAGUCUCUGCUCCCAGAUUCAGCGCCUCUACCGUGGCUCCCGACUAGGUGCAACCCACUUUCCUAGUGUAAGGCUGGGGGCGGGGUUUGGCUGGGCCGGUCCAGGAUGCAAGAUCCUGGAGGGAAGAAAAGGUGUACUGUUUGGGGUGAUCAGCGGGCUGGGCUGGCUUGGCAGGGCUAGGAUCUUCAGAACAGGUAAUGACCCGGAGGCCUGCUCGUCUGAACCAUAGAUAGAAGGACAAGGCGAGAUCUCCAGGUAACAGGAUGGAUUUUGGAACCCCUGACCUGCUGGAUGUGUGGCUGGAGCCCCCAGAUGAUGUCUUAACAGGACCCUUCCUGGAGCUGGGACUCCACUGUCCACCUCCCGAAGUCCCAGUGACUAUGCUACAAGAACAGGGGCUGCAAGGCUGGGAGUCCAGUGGGGCCCAUGCCUGUGGCCUUCAAGAGAGUGAGCCUGAAGAUUUCCCGAAGCUUUUCAUUGAUCCCAAUGAAGUGUACUGCUCAGAAGCAUCUCCUGGCAGUGACAGUGGAAUCUCUGAGCACCCUGGUCGUCGAGACAGUCCCCCUGUCCCCCAGGCACCCAGUUCUCCUGCCCUCUAUGAAGUUGUUUAUGAGACAGAGGCCCUGGAGAAGAUGCAGGAGGAAGCUGGGCCAGCGGUGGGCUUCAUCUCCAUUCAGCUAGAUCAGUGGAGCCCACCUUUUAUGACGCCUGAUGCCUGCAUGGUCAGCAACGUGCCCCUUGAUGCUCAUGCCCACAUCCUGCCCAGAGCAGGCACUGUAAACCCAGUGCUUCCUGCCACCCUGCUACCCUGUCAAGCCUUGUUCCUGACAGAUGAGGAGAAGCAUCUGCUGGGGCAGGAAGGGAUUUCCCUGCCCUCUCACCUGCCCCUCACCAAGACAGAGGAGAGGGUCCUCAAGAAGGUCAGGAGGAAAAUCCGUAACAAGCAGUCAGCUCAGGACAGUCGGCGGAGGAAGAAAGAAUACAUCGAGGGACUGGAGAGCAAGGUAGCUGCCUGUUCUGCACAGAACCAGCAACUACAGAAAAAAAUCCAGGAGCUGGAGAGGCACAACAUGUCCCUGGUGACUCAACUCCGCCAGCUGCAGAUGCUCAUUACUCAAACUUCCAACAAAGCUGCCCAGACCAGCACUUGUGUUCUGAUCCUUCUUUUUUCCCUGGCUCUCAUCAUCCUGCCCAGUUUCAGCCCCUUUCGAGGUCCACCAGAAGCUGGGUCUGAGGAUUACCAGCCUCAUGGAGUGAUUUCCAGAAAUAUCCUGAUUCACAAGGACGCAACAAAAAAUUGGGAGACCCCAGAGGUAGAGUCCAGAUUGGGAGAGCCACCUGGGAUCAAGAGUGCAAAUGGCUCAACAACGACGCUGCUUGAGAAGACGGGAGGGAAGACAGGCCCCCGCGGGCUCCUUAGAACUGUGCUGCAUGCAGAUGAGAUGUGAGCGGGAGCACUUCCUAGCCCACCCCUCAGUCACAUGAGGAACCCAGGGCUCUCCACUCUGCUUUCCCCUGGGAUUCCCACUCGGGGUUCUUUGGCCUCAGGAUUACAUCAGGAUGCCCUAGAUGCCUGUACCCUGAGGCCAUCUGUCUGUGUGAGGUGGCACCACAAAUACUUUUAUUAUGUAUCUGUGAUUUUAUUUCUUCUUUGGAUGUAGGGUUGAGGAAAACAGACGUUUUUGCUAAUGAAAUAAACGUUUUUUGCUGAAAUUUUAUUCCAGUUUUAAAUAAGUAGUAGAAGGGGGGAAGAUAGGUACUUGAUAAAGUGGGGCCUAAAGUUGCCACCCCAGUUCCCUCUCUGCCUUCAUAUCUUCCUGCCCCAAACCAAAUCACAAUAGAGAAGGAAACUAUUUUACUCUUUUUAUUCUGCUCAUUGAUGAUCUAGACGAGGAAGACGGAAGGGGUUUUGUUUGUUUGUUCCUCCCACUCCCCAAAAUACUAGGGGCACAAAUAAGUCCAUUCUAUUUUCUCUGUUGGAGGUGGGGUCUUUAAGACCCAUAUACAAGGGUAGAAGGUAGCUAUAUGGAUUCGAUUUGCUUCCGGACCUUUUCCAGGGCCCUUCUGUCCAGUUGUCGCUGGCGAAUGAUGACAAGGCAAGCGAAGACCAAGGCUACACCGAUGACAGUCCCUUCAAAUUUCCAGAAUAAGUGUUGUUCCAUCAGCGCCGAGCGACAGCUGAGGGUAGGAAGAAACAGUUAUUCCCAGGGAAGGCCAGACAGCCUCUCCCUCUAGCCUCCCUCUGCUUCAGCCUAACCAAGACACAACAUCUGAGGGGAAAAGAGAAAACCAAAGUCAGUCUACUGUGCUCACACUGCACAAACCCCAUGCAGAUAUACCAACUUAUUCUCUGGUGAGGCAGGCAGAGCAGGUAUUAAACAAUUUUAGUAAUGAGAAGAAAUGGCCAUAAAUAUAGAAGUCAUUUGGUUCCAAAUCCCUUCCUCUUUCCAAUGUGCCAUACUACCUCCAGACCAAGAGGAAGAGGUGGGACUAUCUACCUAAGGUCACAGGAGCAAAGGAGGUGAUCUAGGAGGUUUCCAGAGGAGAAACAGCACUUGCCUUUUGAACCCAUUCCUCUUAGAUAAGCUGCAUGUGAUUUUCUCCACAUACCCUGUGGAGCCACAUUCAGGGGUGGUUUUCUGCCGGGAGAAAAGGACCAAAGCACACGUUAGGAAGGGGCCAGAGGAGAAGCAGGCCGGCUGCUAUUCAGAAUGGGCAGGUGCCCAAGCGCUACGGCUCAGAACCGGGAGGUAACUCGCGAAGAGUUCUAAUGGGGAUGGUGGACGCGGUGGCUGCACGAUUAGGAAUAUGUGUUAGAAAGAAUAUUUCAAAAGCGAUCGUCUGUCUAGGAGAGGCGUGGACAGGUCCCAGAGUCUACUGGAUUCAAAAUGAACAGGACACGGUUAUUAACUCAAAGUUGCCAUUAGCCUGGAAAGAAAAGGGGACAUUUACAGGGGAAGACAAGUUCAUAUGUGGACAUAUACAAGGAAAAAGAUAAAAGACAAUGAAAGGCAUACUCAGGAAGACUUAGGGGCUGUGGUGGAAGCGUGAGAGAAGCCAGUUUCAUUUGCAAGUAUCUCUGAGCUCGCUGAGUAGACACCAUGAGCAAAGCUCACCCCCUGAGGUAAAAACAUUUAUGGAGCCCUAACCGGUUUGGC